CUGCCAUCCCUCCGCAAUAAGAGACAACCGGCGGAGUGUGCAAGGAGUACUAACCCCGGCUGACGGAGCAGCUAAGCAGACGCGUCACUCACUCGCGGUACAUUACGCUUCAUCGCGAUUGUCAUUACCGUACAGUAGCAAGAGGAGCGUCACUUGUACCGCGGAGGGGAGGAGGAGAGGAGGAAGUGUGAAAGAGUGUUAACGGAGACGGAGCUUGUGACUCCAGCGCCCUUUCAAUUUGGCACAGCAGCGGGGGAUGCUGAACGCUGCCGCCCGGGAGAUGGCCGCCGCUCCGCUGGUCUCUGGGGGCUAACGUGCGGAGAGGCAGAGGAACUCUGCGUGUUUUGUAUCCAACGUGGCUAAUUUACGCGGACUGUAACUCCGAUUUUUCAAGAUGAAGCGGAUGAAUGUGAGCAUGUAGAAAUGUAUUUUGUGUAUGUGUGUGUGUGUUUGUUUUGCUAACAGAUGAACACCCUUUCCGAGACAAACUCUUACUCUGUUUUUUGUUGCGCAGAUAUAGGCUGCAGUUUUACUGAGUAAAGUCAAUGUGGUGUCGUUGUUGCAACCAAGGGAAUUCACAGUGCAGGACAACUCAACUUUUCCCUUGCGCCAGUUCUCGUAACACAACAUCAACAGUGUUAUGUAUCUGACAAUAAAUGGCAUAUGCAUGCAGCCUUGACAUGCAUAUCUGGAUAUUCCAAGUCGGAAACACCGACUCCUAAUCUCUUUGUUGAGACGCGCUCAUACACACUGACGUUUCAUUGUUUGCCUGCAAAAGGAUUGGAGGGUGCAGAAGGCAGUCAGCGUCUUCCAGACCGCUGAUUUCUGUUGUGGAUUUUCUCAGAUUGUGCAAGAACCACGCUGGAAAGCGUCCCCCAUGUGGCCGUCAGGAGUGGGGAGCAGGCAACCCAAUCCUCGGGAUUCCGCGCUCCGCAGGGCGGCCAUCAGUGGCAACGUCCUUGCGCUCCCACCUUUCCACGUCCCCACUGGCAGGGCUGUCCGGGUCUUCAUAUGCGCCAAUCCCGAUGACACGGAAGCGGAGCGGAACGCGCUGAAGGAACAUGUCUACCCCAAGCUGCGCGACUUCUGCCGGGAGAACUAUGGCGUCGAGUUCCAGGUGGUGGAUCUGUAUUGGGGAGUGGACCCUGAGGAGUGGGACAGCCCUGACCUGCAACGUCUACGGAUGAAGCUUCUAGAAGACUGCCUGAAGACCUCGGCAGGGCCAUGCUUUGUUGGUCUGGUGGGGGAGAAGUACGGCAGCAUCCGCGUGCCGGGGGAGGUGGAGUCGGCCGAGUUCGAGAUGAUCCUGGACGCGGCGGUGGAGGCGGGCCUGGACACGCGUCUCCUGGAGGAGUGGUACUGCCGCGACGAGAAUGCCGUGCCGCCCGCCUACUACCUCAAGCCCAAAGCCCAGAUGCUGAAGAACUACCAGAACUCAGUACGGGACCCAGACACUUCCUCUUACGUCUGUUUCCCCACCUGUCUGCCCUCUGGGAUGGAGUCGAGCAGCGCGGCCAAGUCCAAGAACGACAAGGCGUGGCGCGGCGUCUCAGACGAGAUCAAGAAGAUCUUCCGCACGGCUGUGCUGCAGCUGCAGGAGAAGGGCACCAUGAAGAGCGUCCAGGCCAAGAAGUUCCUCUGCUCACCCCUGGAAGACGAGCUGGACUUCGCACUGGGCAAGCAGACGCCGGCCUUCCUGAAGAAGUGUGUGUGCUACAUCCGCAAGAUCGCCAACUUCGACCGGCACGCUAAGCUGCCUGAGAUGGCCCGCUACAUGGACAUCAUCACCGACGCCGACCGCGUCAUGCGUAACCAGGAGGCAUACGAGCGGCUGCUCAAAGUCCGUGACGAGUUCAUUCCCACGGUGGUGGCGGCGUCCAACCUGCGCGUCUACUCUUCCGUCACACACUGUGACAUGAAGCUGGGCUACUCACAAGAGGUGGAGAGCCACUAUGUGGAGGGUUUGUGCAAGCAGUUCUACGAGGACAUGGUGGACAUCAUCCAGGCCACGGUGCAGCAGAACUUCGACGCUGAGACGGACCCGAUGUACGACGAGCUCCUGCAGCACCUGUCGCUCUGCAAGACCUUCUCGUCCAUCUACGAGUACAAGAGCGAGGCGCUGGACCUGGUGCAGGAGUACCUCUACCCGGUGAAGGGCAGCCGCAUGAGCCCCCUGGUGGUGUAUGGGGGGCCCUGCAGCGGCAAGACGCUGCUGCUCGCCGAAGUGGCCAAGGAGGCAUACUCAUGGCUGCAGAAGGAGAUGGGUCCAGAGACGGACCCGGUGGUCAUCGUUCGCUUCAUCGGCACCACCGACUUCUCCACGGACCUCCGCACCCUGCUGCAGAGUAUCUGCGAGCAGAUCGCCAUCAACUACCGUUGCUUGAUCCACUUCCUGCCCCAGAAGAUCCAGGAGAUGAGGGAGCUGCUGGUCAACCUGCUGGGCGAGUCGUCCUUCCACCGGCCACUUGUCAUUGUCUUGGAUGCUUUGGAGCAGCUCUCGGACGCUGACGAGGCUCGGAAGUUAUGGUGGCUGCCCGCACACUUGCCCCGCACUGUUCGGAUCGUAGUGUCCACCUUGCCCAACAAGCACGGCAUUCUCCAGAAGCUCCGCAGCCUCGUUCACGACGAGUUCCGGUAUGUGGAGUUAAUCCAGCGUGAUCGCAAAGCCUGCAGCCAGACACUCAAGCAGCAGCUCCUCAGUGUCAAGAGGAAGGUCACUUCAGGCCAGCAAAUCUACGUCAAUGAGGCGCUGGCCAAAUGCACAUUGCCCAUGUUCGUCAAUCUCAUCUACCGGGAGGUGGUAAACUGGAGGUCACACAAAGACGUAGACGACACAUCGCUAAGUGCCACAGUGCACGACAGCAUCGAGCGGCUCUUCUUUUCCGUGGAGGACAAGCUUGGCUCUCGAUUUGUCUUCCGGGCACUGGGCUACAUCACCAUGUCCAAAGCUGGGCUGACCGAGAUGGAGCUCGAAGAUAUCCUCUCCUUGGACAACAGCGUCCUGGGGGACAUCAUGGUAAGCUCCAACCUCAAGAACCCACUCAGGGUCUCCUAUGACCUCAUUGCCCGACUGAGGGAGGAACUCGACGGCUACCUGAUCGAACGGCAGGUGCGCAAUGUGACGCUAAUGGUGUGGGCCAACAGGCACCUGCACCUGAUCGCGCUGAAGCUGUACCUCAGCAACGAGGAGGACGUCCACCAGAUGCACAGCUUGUUGGCGGAGUAUUUCCUGGGGGCCUGGGCCGGAGGCCGGAAGAAGAUUUUCCACUGCGACAACAAUCACUUCGCCCACUUCUCCCAUCACAAUAACCCACAGCAGCAGCAGCAGCAGCAGCAGCACCAUCACCACCACCCAUCACAGCACGGUCACGACAAAGGCAGUGCCGACAAGUACUCUUACGAUCGGCAGACUCCCGAGCAGCCCUGGGUUUUCCAGUGCAACCUCUUGGAGCCAGACAUCUUCUUUGUCAACCACAGGAAGAUGACAGAGUUAGUGUAUCACUUGACUCGAAGUGGGCGCACUGAUGACCUAAUGUACGGGGUCAUCAUGAACUUUAGCUGGCUGUACACCAUGAUCAAAAUAGGACAUUUUGAUAAGGCGCUUACAGACAUUGACCUAGCCUACAGUUACUCGCAGGAAAAAGAGCUGAAGUUUUUGGCCACGACGUUGCGCAGCAUUAAGGUCAAGGUGACGCGUAACCCGGCUUCCUUGUCCGCCGAACUUCAGCAGAGGUUGCUUCCUGUGGUGACAUCCCUCCCCAAGCUCCGACACCUCCUGCUGGAGUGUGACAAGGACGGCCCCAAAUACUGCUCCAUUGUUCCCCUGCACUCGUCCAUGGAUGUCACCUACAGUCCCGAGAGGCUGCCCCUCUGCUCCAGCUACAUGCAGAUUGUGGAAAUCAUCCCGACCCUGGCCCCCAGCAUCGUCAUCGUGGCCUUGGAGGACGGCUCUGUGAGCACGUGGGACGUGGAGAGCAGGCAGCUCCUCCGACAGAUCGACACGGCACGCUCCGUCGUGCUCGGCAUACGCCUCACCACUGAUGAGAAGUACCUGGUGGUGGCGACCACCAAGAACACCCUGCUGAUCUACGAUAAUCACAAGUCCUGUCUGCUCUCCGAGGUGGAGGUCAAGUGCUCCAAGCAUCUCGGCGUCACUGGAGGGGUUGCCUUCAUCAAUGGGUUUACAUUAUCUAGCCAGCAUGCCCUGGCUUGGUUGGAGGCCAGCAAAGAGGUGAAUGUUAUUGACUUGGUGUACGGCUGGCCUUUGUACCAGUUCCACUGCUGGUAUGAGGUCACCUGUGUGCAGUGCUCUCCAGAUGGCAUGUAUGCUUUCUGUGGGCAAUACCUCAACACCACGUCCAUCUUCCACCUGGGCAGUGGGGACAAGCUGGCCACCAUGACGUCAGAGUUUUCAGGCGGUUUUGUUAAGUCCAUUUUGGUGCUGGACACCCUUAACCAGAUGGUAAUGAUUGACAAUGAGGGGAGUUUGUCGGUGUGGAACACAAAAGAAGUCACAAACCCCCGUCUCAUGGAGGACUAUGAUUGCAGGGGGGAUGAUAGUGAAGUUGUUGGGAUCGAGCUAUCUGAGGACCAACGCUCCAUUCUCAUUUGCAAAGCAAGAAGCAUCGAAGUUCUGGAUACCAAAGUCUGGAAGAUGGUGGAGAAGUUCAAAGCCAAGCGCACUGAACGAUUUGUGGCUGCUGUCCUCUCCAAAAAUGGCCAGAGUAUUGUUGCUUCCAUGGAAAACACUUCAUCUAUUUUUGUGUGGCGGAGGGACAGUGGCCAAUGUAUGGCUAGUCUAAUUGAGAUAUCUGGAGCCAUUGUCAAGUUAAUCAAGUCCACCCAUCAUAACCUGCUACUGUCGGUAGCCAGCAGUGGUGUGCUGUCAGUUUGGGACAUUGACAUUAUAACAGCCAUGUCUAACAUAGACAAGACAGGGAAGCGCAUAUUAAACCUGCAGCUUUCAGGCCGAGAAGACUUUAUCUACACCAUGGACGGCUCAGAGUCCAUUCACAAGUGGAACUUCAACACGGGCUUCAUUGAGAUGGUUUUCAAACACGAAGGCCUUGUGGAGAACUGUGUCCUUACCACCUCUGGUGACCUUAUGGUGACUUCUGAUGACAAGUCCAGCCAGUACAUCUGGCAAACCACCACGGGGGAGAACAUCUUCCGCAUCAACGGGCAGAAGAUAACCCAGCUUCUUAUCACCCACAACGACCAGUUUGUGGUCUCGCUGUGCGAGCAGAAUGCCUCACGUGUCUGGAGGUUGGCCACUGGGCACAAGGUGUGCAACAUCCUGGUCACCCUCCAGCACGCUCUCAUCACCACCGCCAACACCUUCCUGGUUGGCACUACCAAAAACAAGCUUCUUGCUGUCAGCCUGUGGUCAGGAAGUGUCUCCAAGAAGUUCAUCUGUGACGACGGGAUUACCAUUGUCAACUUCAAGCUCAUCCCUGAUUGUCCAGACUAUGUGGUCUUCAUCACAUCCACUGAGACUGUGUUUAUCUGGAGUGUAGCAGACGAGUCUGUGUGCCGUCGUGUCCAGAUGCCGGCCAACUUCCUGAAGAACCUGGAGGAUUUCCAGAUCUCGCCCAAUGGCAAGCUAGGGAUCGUGUCCAAGGGCGACGAGAACAUCAACGUCUUGGACCUCCACAGUGGGAAGCUCCGAUUGGUACAUGCCGCAGGCAUCAUAUGGCGGCAGAAGCUCUCGAGGGACGGCCGGUACCUCGUGUACAUCUGCUUCCGCAACUGCGAGGAAGACGACGAUGCAGGCGUGGUGUCCAACCUGAUUGUCAUGCGUCUGGCUGACGGCAAGAGCAUCGGCACAUGCUCUCUCUACAAGACGCCCACCUUCCUGUGCCUCUCGCAGCGGGCGCUCAACAUCAUAGUGGGUUUCGAAGACGGCAGCAUCGGCACCUACACCGUGGUGGACCGGGUCGACGCCGCCCUCAAGAUCAAAAUCGCCACGUCCAACAGCCGGCAGAUCGUCAACAACGCUGCACAAAAGGUCCGGCCCAAGUGCAGCACCCAUGCCUUCAAGACCAUCUCCGACUGCAUUUGGCGGGAGUCCACAGAGGUCUUCUCCAGGGAUAGCCCCAUCAACCUGUCCGACUCAGGCGAGGCCGAGACCACCACACCAACCAAGAAGAGUGAGCUGCUUCAGUGAUGGUGCCCUCCUAUGGACAGUGUCAGUGAGAAAGCUAAGGAGGCAGCUAAGGAGGCAGCUGAUUCUCGUUUACAGCCAACCUUAAUGGCUCAGCUGCACCACGUAGUCCUCUGGGCUAACUGUAACGCUGCACUCAUCCGCCACUUUUCAUUCACAAAAGCUAUUAUCUUAUUACAUUUGUCAUCUGAAGACUGUUCAUGAAAAUAAUAUUAAAGUGAUUCUUUUUUUUCCUCAUGGGUUCCAAAUAAAGAUAUAUAAUUAUAUAUAAUUAUUAUUAUUGUAUGUGCAGACACACUUCUGGCAUUUACAUGACCAGAGUUUAGAAAUAUCUCUGUUGUUCCAAAAGCCAUUGUUUUUAUUUCAGAUGUGGUGAUGAAUACCCUACAUUUCAGAAGUAUUGUAAUGGUCUCAUGAAGCCAUACUGUUAAUUUAUACAGAUUCAUAUGUAGAUGUUAGUAUAUAUUUGUAGCCAUAAAA